AGCUCGAAGCGUGUGUACGUCGCGCGCUUUCAAACCAUUUUCGUCGGAAAAGUCAACAAAGAAAAGCAUCAAUUCUUCAGACAAGUAACCACAGAACAGAGCAUUUUUCCACAACACCUUGAUGGCUAUGGCUUCUUCUUCUUCUUCUUCUUCUUCUUCUUCCUCACCACCUCUCAAAAAACACGACGCUUUCAUCAGCUUCAGAGGCGAAGACACUCGCCCCAACUUCACAAGCCACCUUCAUUCUUCUCUAUGCAGAAACUCCAUUGAAACCUACAUAGACUACAAGAUCGACAAAGGAGAUGAAGUCUGGCCACAACUCGAGAAAGCCAUCAAAGAUUCCACCCUCUUCUUGGUUAUCUUCUCUGAAAACUAUGCGUCUUCCACAUGGUGCUUGAACGAGCUGGUUCAGAUAAUGGACUGCAACAGAAACGAUGAAGAUGUUGUUGUGAUUCCUGUGUUCUACCAGGUUGACCCUUCGCACGUGCGGAAGCAGAGUGGGAGUUACCGCACGGCGUUGGCGAAACACAAGAAGCAGGGGAAGGACAAGAUUCAGAAGUGGAAGGAUGCUCUCUCUGAAGCUGCAGAUUUACCUGGUUUCGAUUCUAGUGGAUACGGGAAUGAGCUUGAUUUGAUUGAAGACAUCAUCCAAAUGGUUUUACAGAAACUAGAUCUCAAGUACACAAGUGAACUUAGAUGCCCUUUCAUAGCUGAUGAAAAUUAUUCCCAAGUUGAGUCUUUAGUAAAAGUUGAUUCAGUUAAGGUUCAAAUAAUUGGAGUUUGGGGCAUGGGAGGCAUUGGCAAGACAAGCCUUGCUGCUGCUGUUUUUCAUGAUGUGUCUUCCCAAUAUCAGGGUAGUUGCUUCUUAGAGAAUGUGACGGAAGAAUCGAAAAGGCAUGGGGUCAAUUACAUAUGCAACAGACUUCUUUCCAAGUUACUAAAAGAAGAUGCUGGUAUUGACACUCUCAGGGUUAUACCUUCUAUUGUUCUGAGAAGGCUUAGACGUAUGAAAGCUUUGAUUGUACUAGAUGAUGUGAAUACUUCAGAAAUUCUGCAGAAUUUGGUUGGAGUAGGGCGUGACUGGCUAGGAGCUGGUAGCAAAGUCAUUGUGACAACUAGAAAUAAGCAUGUGCUUAUAAGUGGAGAAGUUGAUGAAAUUUAUGAAGUCAAGAAAAUGAGCUAUCAAAACUCUCUUCAGCUUUUCAGCUUGAAUGCUUUUAACAGUACCUUCCCUAAACAGGGAUAUGAGGAGCUAUCAAAAAAAGCAGUUGCUCAUGCCAAAGGCAUCCCUUUAGCUUUGAAAGUUUUGGGAGCAUUCCUUCGUUCCAAAAGUAAAAAAGAAUGGGAUAGUGCACUAUCUAAACUGAAGGAGAUUCCCAAUCCAGAAAUUCAGAAGGUGUUGAGACUGAGUUAUGAGCAGUUAGAUGAUACAGAUAAAAAUAUAUUUCUUGACAUGGCAUGCUUUUUUAAAGGAUGUGGAAGAAACAAAGUAACAAAAGUAUUAAAUGCUUGUGGUUUCUUUGCAGAUAUCGGGAUAAGAAACCUCUUAGACAAGGCUCUUAUAACUAUUGAUUUAAAUAAUUGCACACAAAUGCAUGACUUGAUACAAGCAAUGGGUAGGGAAAUUGUUCGUAAAGAAUCUCCUAAAGAUCCUGGACAACGCAGCAGAUUGUGGGAUCCUGAGGAAGUUUGUGAUGUAUUGACAAAUAACAGAGGAACUGGUGCAGUCGAAGUCAUAUGGUUAGACAUGGCUCAAAUUAAACAUAUAAAUUUAAGCCCCAAAGUAUUUGAAAAGAUGCAAAAGCUAAGGUUACUUGCUUUUGAAGGCCUCAAACGAGACUUUAAAAGAAUCAAUUGUGUGUACCUUCCAAAGGGUCUUCAAUUCUUGCCUAGAAACUUAAGAUAUUUUGAGUGGGAUGGAUUUCCAACAAAAUAUUUGGCACCAAAAUCUUGUUCAGAGAAGCUUGUUGAGCUUCCCCUGCCAUACAACAAUGCGGAAAAACUUUGCCACAGAGUACAGAAUCUUCCAAAUUUAGAGGAAAUUGACCUAGGUUGCUCCACAUGCCUGAAAGAGUGUUCAAAUUUGUCCCGAGCCCCAAAUCUUAAAUUAGUAGAACUCAGCCACAGUCAAGGCUUGCCUCUUCUUCCUGGAAAGUUUGCCAGUGAAAUUAGGCUUUCUGACUCAAGCAAACAAGAAUGUGACACUUUGAUCAACUUAAGAAAAGUACUAACUAGCCCUGGCUUCUGCAGUGUAAGACGUCUAUUUUUUUACUGUUGUCAUAACUUGUCUCAACUCCCGGACAAUAUCUCUUCCUUAUCAUCAUUAGAGUAUUUAAGACUACAUGAUUGCAACAUCAUAAGCUUGCCCCAAACCCUUAAGGAUCUUCCGCGACUUCAACAUCUUGAAGUUGAUAAAUGUAAAAAGCUUCAAUCUAUACCUGUGCUUCCGCAGUCCAUUCAAUGCUUCCAUGUAUGGAACUGCGAAUCUCUUGAGGAAAUAUUAAGUUCAAAGAGUGAACCAUCCAUAAAACAUCAGUAUACUUUUCUGAUUCCUAACUGCAUAAGAUUGAAUGGAGAUUCAUACCAUGCUAUUUUGAAAGAUGCCACUGUUGGGGUUGAACUUGGAGCAAAACCACUGUCAGGUGUAGUACUAGAUGAUGGGGAUAAUGAUGAUGAUGAAGAUGGUGAUGAGGAGGAGGAGGAAACAUAUGCAUUUGAAACCGUAAGAAGUGGCAAGGUUUGCUACUUUUUACCAGCUAGAAGCGACCAACUUCAAGACUGGUCUGAUUACCACUCUACACGAGCUCUCUUCACUAUUGAACUCCCCUCUAAUGUGUGGGGUUUUGUUUUCUACUUGGUUCUUUCACAAGUCCAAUCAUGCCACAUUGGAUACGGUGGGAGUUUCGGAUGUAAAUGCUGCUUAGAAACUAGUUGGGGUGAAGAAAUCAAUAUUACAAGUUUCUUUGUAGCUGAAAGCAUCUGGUUUAAUUCUCAUGCAUCACUGGAAAUGGUCUCAGAUCAUGUGUUUUUAUGGUAUGAUGCACAAUGUUGCCAGAAGAUAAUGGAAGCAAUUCAACAAAGUAGAAAAGCCAUUAAUGGCAGGACAACCAGUUACAAAUCAAAGAUUACAUUUGAAUUCUUCGCUCAAAAUAUAGAGAAUGAGGAAGCAGUAAUAAAAGAGUGUGGGUUACAGUGGCUAUACCCCUCAGAAGAUCAAAUUUUGGUGGAAGGGGGAGGGUGUAAAUCCAAGAGAAGUCUGGAAAUUGAUGAAUUAGAAGCCGGUGCAGUCCAAAAUAGAGUCGAGGAGUCAGAAUCUGAUGAGCAAGAAGAAAUGGUUCCUCCAAGUAAGAAACUAAAGCAACAUGUCUCUGGAACUUCCUCCAAUCUGGAAUCAGAAGAAAUGGAAGACUUGAGGCAUUCACUUGAAGAACUCUUGCAUAUUGGAUUUUGUGGAAAGCUCAUAUAAUAAAGAGAUGAAAUAUUGGUGCUCCUGUCUUGCCGCUGUUUUAAAGACGUGCAGAGAAUAGGAGGCAGAUGGAUAAAUCUUUUAGAUGUAUUAUAUUGAUAGAACUUUGUACAUAUUCAAAUUAAUGAAAGAUAGAUUCAAGUUCUUUCUCUA